AUGUCCAGCAAUACUCCAACACCUGCGAAAGGAGGCCUGUCUCUCUACGCCAAUCUACUCGACCCAAACAGUGCUACGGCUGGCACAAUCUCAAGCGCGCCAGUGUCGUACGCCAGGCCGGCUGAAAGCUCUCCUGAACAAGAUGAAGCUGUUAAGAAACAGCAAGCACUCGCCGCUUCCCUAAGGUUUCAACCUACCAAAAGACCGCAAUUGGCGGCCCAAAAGGCGAAGGCGAAGGCCAUCGCUGGCAAAUUCGCGGCCUUGUCAUCCACAACCUUCAGCGCUCCAACAGUGCCUCGCUCUGAGGGCACAGAAAAUGCUUCGACAGACGCCCCGACCACUCGGCCAUCUGCGCCCAAGACAACUCUUGCAGACUGGACUGCUGGCGCCUCCGACGAUGACGACGUGAACAACUUCUACACGAGCGGGCAACGACCACGUGUCACCCGCAAAAAACGCAAGAAGAACCAGGAUAAUGGCGGUUUCGCUCAAAAUUGGGAUGACAUCUAUGACCCCAGUCGGCCAAACAACUAUGAGGAAUACAAGCAUAGUGAAGAAAAGGUUCGCGAGGUCAGAGAAUGGAAAGAUCUGCUCUAUAGACAUCGCUUGAGACGGAGAGACACCGGCGAGUCGACGGAUGAUGACUACAGCCGUCCCCUGAACCGACAAUUCGCUCCACCGGGCAUGUCUUUUGCUCCGCCGCCAAAUUUGAAUGACGAGAGCUCUCCGGCCAUUUCUACACCACCGCCGCCGCCUGCUGAUGUGCCAGAUGAUCCAACAGGCGAAGAUGCAUACCUCCGUCGGAUGAGGUUGACGCAGACGCAGCCAACUCAGACGCCGCCGCCGCCCGAAGUGCAACCUCCACCCCAAGUCCAGCCUCCACCAGGUCAGAUUGCGCGAGCGCCGGUUCGUUACAACCUGCCUGCGGCACCGGCAGAGAUACCUGCUUCUGACGCCGAACUGGAAGAGAAACUUGCACAGUCGGAACAAGAGGCCAACGACUCCGCUGACAAUCAACCGUCGAAACGUCCUGGUCAAGCAGGAUUUGCGGAACGUCUGAUGUCGAAAUAUGGUUGGAGCAAAGGUCAAGGUCUAGGUGCCCAAGGAAGUGGAAUCAUCAAUCCCCUGUACGCCAAAGUCGACAAGCGGAAGAAGAAAUCCGAUGCCGAUGGUGGCGGCUACGCUACACCUAUUGGCACAGGCAAGAUCCUCGGUGGGAACAAAUCCAAAGUCGCUCAAGAGGAAGAGGAAGGCAAAUUCGGAGCCAUGUCAGAGGUCAUUCGACUAGAAGGCAUGCUGAACGGCCUGGAUCUGGACGAGGAGCUGGCUCAAGGGGAGGGAGGAAUCAUGCAAGAGAUUGGCGAGGAAUGUGGUGAAAAGUACGGCACCGUCCAGAGAGUCUACAUUCACCGACCCGAAGCCGAGGAGGAUGAGCCGCUGGUAUUUGUCCAUUUUGUGAGCCAGCUGAGCGCGUUGAGGGCAGUCAACGCAUUGGAAGGGCGUAUCUUCAACGGCAACGCCAUCAAGGCGAAAUUCUGGCCCAAGGAGCGGUUUGAUCAAGCAGACUAUAUCUAG